GAGAUUUCACUUUUUUACGGCUCCGAAGCAGUAACACAGUGACUUGAAGACGGAGCUGGCUGCAAUCGACGGAAGAGUGAGCACCAAUCCAAAUCCCGACCGUGGGAGUUGAGAGGCUGGGAUUCGCAUCGCAAUGAAGAUCACAUGCAUCGGUGCUGGCUAUGUCGGCGGGCCAACCAUGGCUAUGAUUGCCUACAAAUGUCCAGAUAUCCAGGUCGUGGUUGUGGACAUCAAUGCUGCACGGAUUGCUGCAUGGAACUCUGAGGAGUUGCCCAUCUACGAGCCUGGCCUGUUCGAGAUCGUCAAGGCUGCGAGGGGCCGCAAUCUGUUCUUCUCGACAGACACCCAAAAGCAUGUGGCAGAGGGUGACAUCAUAUUUGUCAGUGUCAACACUCCCACAAAGACAAGGGGAGUAGGCGCUGGCAAGGCAGCAGACCUCACAUACUGGGAGGGGGCAGCUCGUCUGAUUGCGUCUGUCUCAACCACCUCAAAGAUUGUGGUCGAGAAGUCCACCGUGCCCGUCAAGACUGCUGAGGCUAUUGAGAAGGUGCUGCGGAGGAAUUGUGCGGAUCCCAACGUUGCGUUUGAGAUCCUGAGCAACCCCGAGUUUCUGGCAGAGGGCACAGCCAUGGAGGACCUGGCAAAGCCUGACAGGGUGCUGAUCGGUGGAAAGGAGACAGAGAGCGGGCAGCGCGCGAUCGGCGUGCUCAAGAGCGUGUACGAGCACUGGAUCCCGACUGAGCGCAUCCUGUGCGCCAACCUGUGGUCUGCCGAGCUGUCCAAGCUGACCGCCAACGCCUUCCUGGCCCAGCGCAUCUCCUCCAUCAACUCCAUCUCCGCCCUCUGUGAGGCCACCGGCGCAGACGUGCAGCAGGUGGCGCACUCCAUCGGAACUGACAGCCGCAUCGGCCCCAAGUUCCUGAACGCCAGCGUGGGCUUUGGCGGAUCCUGCUUCCAGAAGGACAUUCUCAACCUGGUCUACAUCUGCGAGACCGUCGGCCUCAAGACCGUGGCAGACUACUGGAAUUCGGUGGUCCAGAUCAACGACUACCAAAAGCAGCGCUUUGUGGAGCGCAUGAUCGACGCCAUGUUCAACACCAUCUCUGGCAAGAAGAUCGCCGUGCUGGGCUUUGCCUUCAAGAAGGACACGGGUGACACGCGCGAGACGCCGGCGAUCGAUGUGUGCAAGGGGCUGAUGGCAGACAAUGCCCUGAUCAACAUCUACGACCCCAAGGUCACGGAGGCCCAGAUCCACAAUGACCUGUCGCUGGGCAAGUUCAUGUGGGACCACCCCACCACCGCCGGCACCAAGUCCCCCCGCCAAAACUCCGUCUCCGUCUUCAAGGACGCCUACGAGGCGUGCAAGGACUCGCACGCGCUGGCAGUGCUGACAGAGUGGGACGAGUUCAAGCGCCUGAACUACCAGAAGAUCUACGACUCCAUGAUGAAGCCGGCGUUUGUCUUUGACGGGCGCAACAUCCUGGACCACGCCCACCUGCGCUCCAUGGGGUUCAUCGUGUACGCACUCGGCAAGCCGCUGGACCCCUUCCUGCAGCGCAACUACAGCUGAGCCCCGCAACGCGCACGGGGGCAGCAGCCGCACGUGCGCGCACAGUGCGCCCGCGAGAGGCUUGUUGGCAGCAGCCGUACAUGCGCGCUCUCAAUGCGCCGUCGAUGGCGUGCCUGGCAGCUGUGAAUAAUCUGUGGAUGAAUCAGCACUCUGGGAUAUGAAUGCUCGGGUCCCUCGUGCAUCACUGCAGUCCUUGGUGAAACAUGGGAUGCCCCCGUGUGUGAUUGCUUCUGCAGACUGUUUAAUGAUGCGUCUAAAAUGGCAGGCCAAGAAUUUGUGAGGGCAGCCUUCUGUGUUGCCCAUGUGUGCUGGCGUCGAUGCGCCGGCAUGUGCUCAGCAAAUGAUAGAAAAACUGCCCUGAUGGAGCAGUGAUCUCUAUUGAUAGCACUGUCUUGCCAGCCUUGAUGGCAUAGCACUCCUUGUCUUGGUCUACAGAACAACAGGUCUUGCUGCGAAUACGCAGAAGCACUUACUGCCCCAGAUUUGAUCGUCAGACAUCACUUGUAGCUCGGCGAAGAUGCUAUCUGAUGUACAGGUUUGCCUAUUCAGAAGAUUUGUGAUUGCAUGAUGCGGCUGUGCUGCUGAGGCGAUGCUUGCGGUGGGUUGCCCACACACCAGCUUGCCGUCUUGUGGAAUAUCAGGAGCUCCUCGCAUGAGAAGGGCUUUAGUGAUUCCUAGAUAAUCUGGUCCUGCACGGAGCAUCCGGUGCACCGCACUUGCCUUAGGUGCUCUCACAUGCAUGUCCUUAAUUAGAAGGCAUUGCGGGCAUCUGUGUGUAAAGGAUUUAUCUGGAAG